CUCUUUACAUGGUCGAUGUGUUGACAUUGCAGGGAGCCGGUGUCGAGGGUUACUGUUCGGAGAAAGUCAGAUGAAGGCCAAUGCAUUCCACACAGACCCCUGAGAGCUCACCUCCAAGUCAGAGAACAGAUAAGAGCCCUUGGGGCCAGCUGGACCUCCCCCCUCUCUCUCUCCCCCUUCCUCGAGUCCAUGCUAUGGAUGGCUCCUUCCCAGACCCCCCACCUGCACCCCUCCCUCGGUGUGUGGGGAAGCCUGAGCUCCCAGACACAGGUUGGGACCGCAUCAAAGACCUCUUCGACAGGGACGAGAUGCAGAGGUACCCAGAGGAGGUGACGAAUGUGGUGAAGAGCGGAGUGAUGGCCGCGCUGGUGGGCAUGCUCUAUGGGGGUGUACCAGCUGCCCGCCAUGCCAGGGAGAGGUUCAUCGAGCAGAGCCAAGCAGAGGUGUACCAGAACCGUGUCGACGCAGUGAGAUCCGCCCACAAUGCUGCAAUCCGAGGGUUUGUGCGAUUCGGCUGGAGGUGGAGCUGGAGGGUGGCAGCCUUCGUUACCUUGUUCAACACUGUAAGCACAGGGAUGUCUGUGUACAGGGACAAGUGCGCCUUCAGCCACUAUGCUGUCGCCGGAGCGAUCACAGGAGGCCUGUUCAGGUUGAACCUGGGGCUGGGAGGACUGGUGGCAGGGUCAACCAUCGGAGCAAUCCUGGGGCUGCCGGCCGGGGCCCUGAUCAUGGGAAUGCAGAAGCUGUCGGGAGAAACCAUCGGAGAGAAGAGGAGGAGGGAACGCAGAGAACUGUAUGAGCGCAAGGUGGAAGAGUGGGCUGCCCGUCUGCAGGUGACGGACGAGCUGAUUGGUGAGAUGAGUGACAGCAGGGCGGGCCAAGACUCUGAGUCUGAUGCACAGAGGAUCAAUGAACUUUUGAGUUUGCCUAGGAAUGAGGGUGUGGCCGGGGACUCUGACAGCCAAUGACAGCCGUGAAAAUAACUCAUGGACUCAAUAUCGUGAUGAUCAUUACACCAGGCACACAGCAACAAAGGGAUCUUUUAUUCUGUAUGAUACAUGGAGCUUUUGUGCAUAUUUUUUAAUUAUGUCUAACCACUGCUAAAUCGAUCCAUAGGGUUACUGUAAGAAGGCGUGGAUGAGGAAGUUGCAGUUUAUCUGUCUUCUUAAAGCCAUUUGUUUCAGAUGAGGUGGUGUCACUUGGUAUAUUUACAGAACAGUUUAAUCCAUGCAGUUGCAGGCCAUGCCCCUUUCCGUCCUGCAGAACACUUGGAUGUGUAAAACCAGGAACUGCUGGAAAUGAGCACACCUCAAAAAUCUUCUGCACACUUCAAGGGCAGAAAUCUCCAACAUGACUAUUGCAAAAUAGGCAGUUAGUUUGCCAUUACCAUCAUUGACUGUGCUAUUUAAGUUCAUCUGCAUUACAGUGGCAUUUCAAACCCACUGGCUGUUGCAGAUUGCUCUCUGUAA